AUGGGCUUUGCUUCCAACAUCGUCAUCGGCUCGACCGCCUUCCUCCUUGGAAUGGUCUUCAUGUGCCAGGUCGUCGACAUCCCUCUCCUCUACAUCCCUGUGACGCGUGAGGCUAUUGACAAUGCCUACGCCUUCUACGAGAUGUGGUACGAGGCCCCGGGUGCCGUCAAGCUGCACAAGUGGAACGAGUCUGCCAAGUUCUUCGACGGCUCCGCGAUCGCGCUCCAGCUCGCCGUCGUCGUGCUCUACCUCUCCGUCCACAUCCAGAGCCUCCGCACCUUCCUGCCCGACGCCAAGUCGACCUGGACCCUCCUCCCUCAGCCCCCUCCCCUCACGGAGCCGAUCACGGAGGACGACAAGAUCGAGGCUGUCCGCGUUCUCGCCGCCGGCAACGCGCUCGUCGGCAUUCUCCUCAUCGGCGUGCUCGGCAUGCAGAUCGGCCAAGAGUACGCCGGCAACAUGGAGGCGCUCGAGCAGAAGGCGAUCGACGAGGCCGCCCGCUCCGCCUCCGAGCUCAAGGUCGAGGACAAGAAGAACAUCUAG